GUAUGUAAACAUUGUAAUUAAGUCAAGUGAUAAUCUCUAAUUAUCUCUUAAUACAUUAAUAAUCCAUUAUAAUGUUUGCUUGACGGUAUAUGAAAAGUCCCUCUAAUGGUCCCCGUCCACUAACAGAUUCCGCAAUGCAGUAAAUGGCCUUCCUAAUUAAUUCAGUAGUAAUUGCACUAAAACUGUUCAUCUUUUAAAAUAACUUAUCAUAAUGAAUUUACAUGAAUUCCUGAACAGUCCUGACGCUGAACUUUCUCUUAGGGUGCUUAGUUUAGCAACUGAAGACACGUUAUCAAAUUUAUUAAAUCCCAUUAAAGUGAUCAAGAAUGAUGAUCGACUUCCUCGGAACUGGGAGGGGUUGGCUUCAUUAUGCGGUAUAGGAACACAUUUAUUACCCAGCAUAGAAUCUGCUAAAAAUCAGACGGCUAAGUUGUUGCAAAUGUGGAAAUACAACAAUGAAAAUAAUGAUGCCACUAUCGGGAAGCUCAUAUUGUAUUUGGAAAGACUGGAUCGGACUGAUGUGGUUGAUGAUGUUUUGCCUCUACUAGCCAAAGAUAUCGAAAAAUUCAAAGAGACCUCAUCGACCAGCCUCAGCACGUUUACUUCGACCAUCGGCAACGAACAGAGCAACAAAUUAUUAACUACGGCCGAUUCCCAAGCGGCCCGCUUAGGUUUACACUUACAAAAAUAUGACGCUUACGUUCUGUAUGAUGACGACGAUGUUGAUUUUGCUUCGAAUGUAAUUGGGACUUUAGAAGGGGAACCUUAUAAUCUACAUUUGUGCACGAAAGAGGAGCUUUUAGCCGGAGUACCUGAACACACUGCUAUUUCAAAUAUUAUGGAACAUAGAACCUUUAGCAUCAUUGCGAUACUGUCCAGGAAAUUUCUAGAUAGCGAGAUUGGCUCAUUUUUGUUCAGUGUAGCACAAAAAAUAUCUUUAGAUCGUCCCUUGAAUAAAAUUAUCCCGGUAUUAUAUAAAGGAGAUGGUGAUUCAUACUAUCUCACACUGCCUGCACACAUCUCGGUUUACUACAAGUUAGAUUAUCGAACGAACGGAAAACCGUUGGGAGGAGACUUUUGGGGCAAACUGUAUUCAAAUAUAACGGCUCAGCAAAACCUUGAAAGAAGAAGAGUUCCACAAUCAUCUUCUAUACAGUCAAGAUUCAGAUCAGCUCCAGUAGUUCAACCCAGUCCGGCCAUGUUGGCUACCGGAAAUGGAGUUAGCGGCAGAUCGGUAACCCUGCAAAGCAUUCCCGAUAUUCCGGCGGCCGGAAGUGGGGAGGACACUUCCGUAUCACCAAAACCGAAAAAUAAACUUUUAACUUACUUUAACUCCUUGAUGUCUAGGAGAAGUGAGCAAAUUAACACUCCGAUGGAGCAGGAAGAAAGGACCUUGAGGACUCUUGAUAGCGCCCAGGAAAAACCUGUUGGUCCCCAAAAAGAGAAGAAAACACUAUUUUCGAUCGGUAAGAAGAAGAAGAAGAAAGCCGAGAAAAAAACCGCGGUGGCCGUGCCGAGUUAGUAUAGUUUAUUACACCAAAAAAUUGAUUUUUAUUGCAGUAGAUUAAUUAAGGAACUUUUAAAUGAAAAUAGUUAUAUUAUUAGCCAUAACCUUAAAUUUUGUUUAAUUCCAAAUCUAAUGAGAGAAAGGGAGACAGGAAAUGUUGUGAUGGGUACCGUAAAAUAUCAUUUAAAAGUUUCCUUUUAAAGUUUUGUUCCAUUUUUCUUUAGUCUUUUAUGUCUUUAUUUUCACCUAUUUCCGUUUUAUUUAUUUAUUUUUGCAAUCAAGUAAAAAUUUAAAAAAAAGUGGGCUAUAACAGUGAAUGUUGCUAAAACCUCUUUUAAAUUUCCUGGAAUUUCUUUAAUUUAUAAUUUUCGAUAACAUUUUACAAUUUGUGUUUUUUUUUGGUGAUGCUGUACUUCAUUGUCAACUCCCUGGAAUGAAAUAAUUCUUUUUGUGCCAAUUACUUAUUAGAAAAAGUUACCAGAAUUCAGUUUUUGUGUUGCAAUUUCCCCACCUUUUCUUUUAAUGACAAAAAAAAACAUUGUAAUUCCAAUAAAUCGCUUUGAAUUAUUUGAAGGAUUAAAUCAGGAAAAAAAGCAAGAAAUUUUACUUCUUUCCUAUAAAUUCUUGCAAUAUUUCUGAAGUAAACAAAAAUAUCUUUUUGAUUCAAUUCUUUUCAUUCUCUUUUUAUAAUUGUGUUUUAUACAUUUUCCAGUUUUAUGGUAUGGCAAGAAAUAUCUACCUUAUUAACUCUUUUAUUCCUGGCAUUUUCUUCCUUAAAAAAAUAGGAAUGACUAUGAUUUAUGUCUUCAAAAAAGGUAACAUUAUACGCUCAAGACGAUUUACAAAAACGUCUAGGAAUUUUAGGGAAUUUCGAGGAAAAACUGGAUUUUUUAACGAAAUUCCUGCGAAACCCCAGAACUUCUAAGCAAUCAAAGAUUUUAAGCACUUUUCGCAUAAAGAAAAUUGCAUAAUGUAAAUUUCUGAAAAUUACUUCACAUAUCUUUUAUUGUAACUAAUUCACUAUAAAUUCACAUUUUUUGUUUGCUAUAUAAGCAUAAAUGAAGAGUGAAAUAUGCAAAAGGAUCCAAGUGCCAUUUCACAAAUUUUACAGUAGCGACAAAAACGUUUUGAAACAACAUAAAUUAAAACCAACCCUUUUGUAUUAACCGUUUUUAUUAUGUUCAGGACAGGCAAAAUCAAAGCGUCAAAUACAAAAUGUACAAAUUUUACAAAAAAAGUUUUAUUUUUCAAAUUUAAUGUCAAAACGGCCCAAGUGCUAAUAUUAUUUCAAACUCAAAGUAACUUCUAAACUCUUUUUAAAACUAAACUAUUUUAAAUAAUAACAUAUUCGAACGUUAGUUUGCGUGUUUACUCAUCUUUUGUAUAAGCUCUUCAUAAAAAAACUUGGUUCUUCGUCUUUAGAUGAGGUACCAUAUUCUUAAUUUCUUUUUUAGGAUUUGAAUCAGAACAUUUUACAGCUAGGUCUUUAAAAUACUCUAUGGUAGUAUGUGCCUUAAAAAUAUUCACUUUGCGGUAUGGUGCUAAAUCGUAGUUAGUUUAAAACUAAAGAGUAGUUAGUUUUUACUUCAACAGAACCCUCUUGUAACAGAUUUGCAUCUAUUUUAAUCAUUACGACCUGCGUUAUUCCAAGAUUAUCAGUUUGUAGAGUCUCUUUUGCCAAUAACAUCCAGGCAAAGAAAUUUCCCGUGUGCUUGACUGUAAAGGGAUUGUUUUGUCUGGCGCUCGUAAUUAUUUUGAUUAAAUCACGUGGAACUUCGGGUUUCUUCUUUCUUCUCACUUUUUCUAUUAGUCCGAAGUCCGUAUCACAACACAGGAACGUAUGUCCUGUUUGUGGGAAUUUGUGCAGAAUUUCAUCAAAAACUCCUUUGGCAACAAGAGUAAUUUAGACUGCUAAGAUUCCUUGAUUUUUAUUUUGACCUCCUCAGUUGUCAGACCAUACAACCAACGACUUUUUGGAAGUCUUUAGUUGAUUUGUCAGAAAGUCAAAAAUACAAGAACCUAUUUCGUUGCAACCACGUUUUCCAGUAGUUUCAUCCCCAAGAUAAAAGAAUCCCGUUCCCUUAUCUUCAUGGUGUAUACCAAAGUUCACACAAGCUAAUUGGCGACUGUAAUACAUCUGAGUGUGUGCCAAAGAAGGUAUAUAGAACUGUUUUUGUAAAUCAAAAGAAAUGAUGCAAGGAGACUCUUCCAAUUUUGCAAUCUUGCAAUCAUUGCUCAUAAUUUUUUGUGCAACUUCUGCUUUCUUAUGAUGUAAUUUUUGUUUCAAUUGCACGUCCUUUUUUUGUACGGGGUUGGCAGCUUUUCUCAAAUCAACUUUAUAUAGGUCGCACUUGGGACAGGUAUCGACCCUUGGAGGGCCAAAGGAAAGAUUGAACUGAUGUUUGAAGAUGUUAUUAAACCAUUGCCUCGAUGCAGGUGGUGCAGUAUUAUUUUCGGUAUAUUUUAAAAGAAAAGCUGCAUGAAGUUUCCGGAUGCUAAGAUCUUCAGACAAAUAAUUUUUGGAACUUUUCUCUCUUCCAUAAUGACUUUUUCGUGUUGGGAUUGAGGAUAUAAACUCAAUGAUUUUUGAUUUUCACGAAUAAUCUCUUCUGCUACGUUUUCCUCCUCGUUUUUCACGCAAUAUAAUGUCACUGCAUUUAGCAAGUUUCACUCUUUUUACUCCAAUCGAAAAAGUAUCACAAAAUGUCUUUCUACAAACCUCCAACUUAGAGUUUCCAGGAAGAAAUAAAUAAUAUCUAUAGGUACGUUGCCUCCUGCUAGCUUCCGGGGUCUCAUAAGUGCCAUGUCUUCUGCGCUUUAUGUUAUCACAUUCUAUUAAAUGCAUCAAAAAAUUCUGUUGUUCAGCAUAUUGCCCAUGGUCCCAGAACUUUCGAAGAACUUGGUUUCUUGCCUCGAGUGUCAACGCCUUGCAAGCAAAGUUGCACUUACAGGAUACCUGGGAAUUAAGAUAAGAUGAGACACAUAAUAAGCCAAAAAAAUUGAAAAUUGGCAUACCUCAGAAGGGCCCUUCUUCCCUGGAACAAAGGAUUCUUUCUUUUUGAAAGGUAGUCCACUGUUUCUUUUUACUUGGCUAUCUCUACGAACGUCAGCGGUUUUGCUCCAUUUUUUCCUUUGAAUGUCUAUUGGUAUGUUAUCCAUGCUUGUAGAUGGAACACUUUCAAUAUUUUCACUUAUUAUUUGCAAUUUCUCACUCAUUUUUAGACACAAAAAAUAAUAACAGCGACGAAAAAGCAGUUGUUUACAAUCUAAAACAAAAAGUAACGUUAAAAUGAACAUGUGCAUGAUGUGCAAUAUUAAGGGCACUUGGGCCUGUUUGUAAAAGAUUCUUAAUAAUAUCAUCAAGAUGGCAGCAAAGAAACAUAAAUUAUUUAGUGCAAGUUUCUAGUGGCGCAUAGACCCCAAAACUUCAUUAAAACGCAUUUUGAGAAAAAUGGCAUUUGGACCCUUUUGCAUAUUUCACUCUUCAAAUGUGAAUUUCCUGAAACUUUCGAGAAUUCCCGAAGUUUCGCAGAAAUGUUUGCAAUUUCCUAACCUCCUUUUUUAAUGUCAAAAGACUUGGUUUUAUUGACUUUGUUUUACUUAUCUACGUUUAUUGUUUUUCAUGAAAAUUAGCUAUUUAGCGCUAGGAAUUACUCUAUGAAUACCUAUAUAUUUUAUUUACUUUUUAACUAGACAAGACAGUAGAAAGUGUAUAACUGGAAAAGCCUCCUUGGAAAGAAUUUAAUCUUUAAUAAAAUUUGUAGCUCAAUGAUUUCUUAGUCAUUUAGGGUUUCUUUUACACACCUAUGUUUAUUGGUUUUCAUGAAAUUGAGCUUUUAAGGACCAGGAGCUUCUCUAUGAACCCGUACGUGUUUUAUUUUACUUUUUAAGUAAAAUACUUUCUUACUGGAUAAGAAAAUCUUCUAUAAACGGAAAACUCUCCUUAAAAAACAUAUUUAAAGUAAAUAAAACUUCUAGAAUGCUUUAAGUUUCCGGGAAUUUCCCAACUCUUCUUUUUAAUCUCAGAACUUCCCUUUACACGUAACUUUCUGAUUCCUUUUAAAUGAAAGAAUUAAAUUAAGAAUUACAGGAAAGGUUUCCAAUUUAUUAAACGUUCUUUAAUUUUCCAGUAUUUUUUUAAAUAAAAAAAUAAAUAAAUUAUCCUUUUUAAAUUCGCAUUUCCAAAUCUCUUUUAGUAAAUUUUGAAUGCCAGUGGCAUAACGCUAUACAUUAAGUAAAUAAAAAAUUAUUAUUUUCUUAUUCGCUUUUAUAUUAGAUACUUUUGGUAGUGCUCAACUAAUUUCUGUUUUUUAUUUUUUUUGUCAUUGAUACUAUCAAUUUUCUUACUAAACAGUUAAAAAAUAUUAAAACUUAGUUACAUGUGAAAAAAAUAACCAAAAGGGCUUAAAACAGUUCGAGAAAAGAAGAUAAAUAAAAAAUUUAAAUAUGAGAUAAAUAAUUAUUAUUUAUAUUCUUAUCUGUCUUUCUUUAUAACAAAUAUUUUAGAAUUUUGAUAAGCUGCAAUAAAAAACUGCAAAUUCUUCAAUUUUCUGAAUAACCUGAAGAAGACCAAAUAAAAUCGGGCCGAACGUCGAACAUCAUAAUCAUUCAUCUGACUCUCAUUGGUUAAAAACCUUAAUAAUUAACACACUUUUUGCAAAAAAAAAAAAAUUUAAAAAUGGUGCAAUAUAUAAUUAUUUUUAUUUAUUUGUCAUUUAUUUGCUGAUAAAAUAAUAUACAGUAGACUCGCGAUAUAGUGAACUAAUUAAUGCACAUCCAGUUCACUAUAUCGAUUUGUUCACUCUAUCAAAUUUUUUUUUAAUGUACGUAUUAAAGCAACGUUUGUCUUUAGAAAACUAACUUUAUUAAUGCGAAACAGAAAAAAUAUUACAUAUGUAAUUAAAAUAAAAUAAAAAAACGGCAAUCUAAUCUAUUUUUUCAAAAAAUGAAGUAGUUUUUGUUUGCAUUUUUGUUUUUAGUCCUGUUUGUACCAUCGUAUUCUUUAAGUUUUGUAAAACGAGUAUACUAGAAUAUUCCACUUUAUCUUCAUGUUCUUCGGCCCAUUGAAGGAUGUUGUUAAUCGACUUUAUUGCCGAAUUUGUUGUCACUCGUUCCUUAUUUAGUACCAUUUCUUCUUGUACUCCAUCGUCUUGAUCGUUUCCAUCACUUUCACUUUGGUCAUUAGUUUCUUUUGUGUCAGGUAAUUUAUCUUUAUUCCAAUCGUCUACAUCAAUAGGUUGAAUAUGAACUUCUGUAUUAAAAGUCUGCAAUAAAGUAAUGAUUUCUGAUCUCACUGUGUCAAUGUCUUCAUUUCUUAUUCGGCUCCGUAAAACACUUAAGGGGAUGUUAUCUUCCUCAUCGUCAACUUCGUCGGCUAAUGGUGAAAGUAAAUUAUGCCAGCAUUUUUCUAUAGCUUCAGGCCUUAAAUUUCUCCACGCCAAAGCCAAAUUUAGAAUGGCGUCCUUUAACGAAAUAUGUUUUAGAGCCUCUCCGAUAUCCUGGUUAGUUCCAACAAUUUGUGAUAACAAACUUUUUCGAUAAAAUAGUUUUGUCAGACGAAUAGCGUUUUGGUCCAUUGGCUGGAUUAGCGGCGUAACGUUAGUUGGCAUAUAAACAGUGAAAAUGGAACCAUCAUCACUUCUUAGCUGUUCUGCAGGUGGAUGGCUUGCUGCGUUGUCCAACAAAAGCAUGGCUUUAACUGGAAGGUUUUGGCUCUGUAGGAAUUCCGUAACCUAAGACAAGAACAAAUGCUAGAAUAAUAAGUUUAAAUUCUUAAAAGGAAUAAAAAAAGGGCGUAAAUUUGUAAAAAUCGUAGUCCAAAAGGACUGAAACCAUUUUUUCUAAUUCUCGAGAUACAAAGAUGGUAAAAUUUAAAACGUCUUCCUAUGACAAAACUUACCUCAGGAAUAAACAUUCGGUGAAACCAUUCUUUGAAAAUUGCUGCCGUCAUCCAAGCAGUUUUGGAGUUUCUAUAAUGGACGGGACAGUUAAAAUUUCGAAAGGAACGUGGAUUUUUUGCUUUCCCAAUAAUUAUUGGUUUAACUAUGUGAGUACCUGCCGCGUUUGUGCAUGCUAGAAAAGUCACUCUUUGUUUCUCGGUUUUCCUACCUGGGGCAGUUUUUUCUUCGCGAGCUACAUAUGUCUUUCCGGACAGAAGUUUCCAAUACAAACCAGUUUCAUUGGCAUUGUAAAUCUGUUCUUUUGUUAGCUGAAGCUCAUUUAUUUUUAGGCGUUAAGUUCUUUUAAAAGGAUCAACAAGCUCGGGUUCUGACGAUAAUUUUUCUCCUGAAAUCGUUAGGAAGCGUAUUCCAAAACGUUUUUUAUACUUUUGCAUCCAACCACUGCUCGCAUUAAAAGAAGGAGAUUCCUUGUAUUGACUGUGAAGUAACUUGGUCUUCUCUUGGAUCAUUAAACCAGUUGCCGGAAAAUUUCUCUUGUUUUUAAGAACCACUUAUAUGAAGCUUUUUCCAUUCUAGGACACUCUGAUUGUCUCAAACUUUUCGCUUUUCCAGGUCCUGUGAAAGUACUUUUGACUCGUUUCAAAAUCUUUAUCCUUCUGUGACGAAUCGCGCAUAUAGUGGAUUUAGCAACACCAUAUUGUCUAGACAAAACGGUCACUCCGACACCUUUCUUUAAUUCUUCUAAUAUUUUGGCUUUAUCGCUUAGGGUUAAAUGCUUUCUAAUUUUUGCCAUAAUUAUUCUGGCGGCGUGACGCGACCUACUGCACCCAAAUACUAAAGAAAACUAAUUGCCCGAAAAGAAACAAACCGUUUAAUAUCUUUUUCUUGUCUUGUUUGUUUACCUAAUAAAACUAUUGGGUUUACUAUUUCGAGAAUCAAUUUGUUCACUUGGCAGAAUACAUUAAGGAAAAAAUGUCUGUUCACUAUUUAGAAUAGUUCACUAGACAGUGUGUUCAGUAUAACGCGAGUCUACUGUAUAUAGGCUCUUCUUUGUUUUACACAUUAUAUAACCAUAAAUCUCUAACACCAUAACAGGCUUAAGUUAUUAAAUUCAAAUCGAGCUUAGAUAAAGACCGAGGUGUGUAAAUAUAUAAAGGUGUAAGACAAAGAAGUAUAUAAAACUCAUCAUACAUUUGUAUAUAUUUUUAUCUAGUUACACUAAUAAUAUAUAAGCGCUUCCGCAUGUGCCUCGUGAUAAUAUAAAGCUUGUAUUGAUGGUUGUGCCAAUAUCCGAUGUAAAUAUAUAAAUAUUUGUAUUUUUUUUGCGCAAUUUAUUUUUGUUAAUCUUGAUUAUAGUCUAGAUUAUUAUAAAUCACAAUAUACUCAUUGUUAAAAUAUAUAUAUAUAUUUUAUAUUCGUGUAAAUCUAUUUUGUAAUUGCUGUUAUAAUGUUAAAGCCAAAUAUAAAAGUGUAUUUUUAUUAAA